AUGCCAUCCUGGAAUGGCGAGGAGAGCUCGGACGAGGACACCUGCAUGGUUUCAAUGGAUCCUCAGAUCUUUAGGCCGAAGAAGAUGGUAGCUUUUGAAGGAGCCUUGACUGGGAGGCGAUAUAUGGGUUGUCCUGUGCAGCAGGAUGUAGGUGUCAACUGUGGGGUUGUGGAGUGGGUGGAUGGUCCUUGGCCAGAGAUUCUACAAAGGUGCCUAACAAUAAUUUGGGAUAUGUACCAUGAGCAGAACUUGGGGAGGGUGAAGGACAAACAAGCCCAUGAGAAAGAGGUGGCCAAGCUAAAGAAGGAAAUUGAUUUCCCGUCAAACAACUACAGCCAGUUGGUGGAAGAUGUAUCCAAGCUUUUUGACUAUCAAGAUGGCAAGAUGUCUCAUGACAUGGACUAUACCAGUCAGGCAAUCAAUGAACUAAAUGAGAAGAAGAAACAACUUGAGGAUCAGGCAAAGAUUGAGUUAAGUAUGGAAAAGCUGAAGCUUGCCAAGGAGCAAAGGUGCAUUCUUCAAAGCCAAGAAGAUAUCAUUCAGAACAUGAGGAAGGCCAUGAAGGAAGUGGAGGGGGACAGGGACCUACUUAAUCAAGAGAAGAAGAAGCUGGAGUAUCUGAUUGCUGACCUACUCAAUGCUGGGCAUGCCAGCAAAGAUAAGCUGGAGAGGAUCAAGGCAAUAAUGAAUGAGUGA